AUGUUGCGCACCGCUCUUACCCGCUCCACUGCCCCCGCCUUCACCGCCUUCAAGGCCGGCUCUCGCACCCUCGCCGCCGCUGCCUCUGUCCGCAGCAAGCACACCCUCCCCGAUCUCUCCUACGAUUACGGAGCUCUCGAACCCGCCAUCUCCGGUCAGAUCAUGGAACUUCACCACACCAAACACCAUCAAACUUACCUCAACGGUCUCAACACCGCCGAAGAACAACUCUCGGAAGCUCUUCACAAGAAAGAUGUCAAAUCCGCCAUUGCUCUUCAGAAAGCCAUCAACUUUAACGGUGGUGGUCACAUCAACCACACUUUGUUCUGGGAGAACCUCGCUCCGAAGAAGCAAGGUGGUGGAGAGCUCAGCAGUGGUGUGCUGAAGGAUGCAAUCGAUAGGGACUUUGGUGGAUUGGAUGGUUUGAAGCAGAAGUUUAACGCUCAGAUUGCAGCGAUUCAGGGUAGCGGUUGGGGUUGGUUGGGUUACAACCCUCAGACAAAGAAAUUGGAUAUUGUGACUACUGCUAACCAGGAUCCCCUUCUUUCCCACGUCCCUUUGAUCGGAGUUGACGCCUGGGAACACGCCUUCUACCUUCAGUACCAAAACGUCAAGGCUGACUACUUCAAGGCUAUCUGGGAAGUGAUCAAUUUUAAGGCUGCUGAAGAGCGUCUCAAGAAGGCUCAGUAA